AUGGCGGAGAUCGACGGAAUCAAAGUAGUUUCUUCAGAUGGUAAAGAAUUUACGCUUCGCUCGGACCUAGUCCCGCAUUUUGAUACGAUAAUCAGGUUGAAUCAGGAACGGUUUGAUAAACCUGGCUCUUCGGGUCCACUUCCGCUAGAUGUUAUUGCAUCUGUUUUAAGGACGAUUUUUGAAUGGUAUGAAAAGCGUGAAAACCUGCCUUCCUUAGAUGAGGAGAAUCCAGAGCUAGCCGCGUUUGACAAGGAAGUGCUUUUUCCAGACAAUGAUUACAAGCGUCUGGCACAGAUUCUUAACAAAAAAUUUGAAUUGAAUUGGAAGGGGAGGAAUUGGAUAAUUGAUAGUACUUUACUUGAUAUGUUAUCAUAUGGAUAUAAAUUUUAUAAUAUGGGAAAUCAAGGCAAAUCAUGCUCUUUAAAACUGCAGUUUGUGGAAGCUAGUCCACUUGAAUUGAUCGCAAGGGUUUAUAACAUAAUUGCAACAAAUGUAUUGAAGUGUGAAGUACUACGAAGAAUUACCAGUAAACUUUUUGCAAACUUUUUAAAGGGCAAAUCUGUUGAGCAGCUGAUGGAAAUAUUUGGAGUUCAAAACAUUGCUGCUUUGGAUGACGCUUUGGAGUGGCGCAGGGAGAAGUUGAGAGAGAAGGAUCGUGAGAAAGAGGUGAAACGAGAGAAAGAGAAGGAAACAAAGAAGGAGAAAGAACGUGAGAAAAGGAGGAGGAAGUGA